UAUGCUGUUGUGAAAACAAUAAGAUUUUUUUUAUUAAAAAAAAAGAACAUGUAGCCUGUCUGCCUACAAAUCCUGGCUCUUGGCAUGUGGAUGACCUCAAAAUGUGGAGGUGUCUCUAUUUCAGCUUGCAAAAUCUUUAUAAAUCACAAGAGGUGAUUCUUCCUUUGCAAAGUAGAACUAGGUUAGCAUUUUUUUAAAAAAAAAAAGAAGGCAGCUGGUUUUAGAUAUGACAGGGCUUGCUUUGCUACACAGUCAACUGCUUUCUCCCUAAACUUGGAUUAUUUGGAAAAACCUACAAUUAUGUACUUUUACUGAAGUACAAAAGGUGUGUCUCUGACGCAUACCACUGCAAUAUUUCUUUCCAAAUUUUUAUGUUAGCAAACUUCUCAAACAAAGAAGUAGGCAGAAAAGAAUAUCAAGUCCUUGAAGCUCUUCAGUCCAGAUUAUUCCAGCGUUCAGGUUUAAUAGGUUAAAAGAAAUCUGGAGGUGUUAGUUCUGAGAGGUAGGAAGCCCAGGGAACCCUCUGACAAUCCAGAUUUGCAGAAGGCACGCAAAGUCUGUUUGCUUGCUUGCUUGUUUGCUUCAAUUACAUUAGCUACCAUUGGGUUCUGCUGCUAUUUAUUUCUUCGCACAGAACGAAGAGUUUGUGUUGUUUUCUGUAGCUGUGGGGUGACACCAUUCUUGGAUCUCCCUGAGAAUUGUUACUAAUUCAUUCCCAACAAUUCAGUGCCUAAACUCCGGCAUUCAUGUUUAAGCUUGUAAUACUUUGAACCUGUGAAAAGCAGAGCACUGCCAAUGUUAAAACAUGUCUUUUGCAUAUUACGUUUUUUAAACAGUUACAGAAAGCUUUGUCGAUAGGUAAGCUGUUCCCAUGCUCUCGUAAGGAGAAAGGUAAUUGGUUGGCUUCCUACAAGACUCUUUCCCUUACGUUUUCCCCUUUCUAAGGAGAGAAGUGUUGGCAGAAGCUGAAAGGGUUGUGCGUGCUCAAAGCUCACUUAAAAUAUUAACAGGAUUCUUCAGGGGCUUUUUCCCUUUGAAGGAUUAUUUACUGUAAAUGCUAGCACAUGAUCUUCAGUGUUCUGUUUUCACAUCAGCAUUUGUUUGUUUUUCUAGCCUUCCAAAUGCCUCUUUUUUAAUUUUUUUAAAAUGUUGCUGGUAUUUUUCUUCUUCUCCAAAGUGUGAUGUAGUGACUUCUUAAGGUGAGCGUCCUUACAGACCAGGUGGAGGCCCAAGGAGAAAAGAUCAGAGAUCUAGAAGUUUGCCUUGAGGGGCACCAGCUGAAACUUAAUGCUACUGAAGAGAUGCUUCAACAGGAGCUGCUAAGUCGAACAUUGCUGGAAACUCAGAAAUUGGACCUAAUGGCAGAAGUUUCAGAUCUGAAGAUUAAGCUGGUUGGGAUGGAGAAGGAACAAAGCGAAUAUGAAGAGAAGCAGAACAAAGCUGAGUCAGUAGUGAACCUGAUCAGUGAACUACAAGAACAAAUGUGUAGACUGCAGCUGGACAUUAAUAGUAAAAUCCAGGAAAGAAAAUCCCACAGUAGGAAGCCAAAUAUGGCAGCAGUCGGUCCUCAAGAUAGCAUUGACUCGGUGACAGAGGUCCCCGUUUGGAAGAAUUGCACUCAGUGUGAUAACUUAUUACAGGAACUAAAACACCUAAAAAUUAAGGUUGAAGAGCUGGAAAAUGAAAGGACCCAGUAUGAAUGGAAACUGAAAGCAACCAAAGCUGAAAUCGCACAGCUUCAGGAACAGUUAGCUCUAAAAGACUCGGAGAUUGAACGAUUACAGAGUCAAAUCUCGAGGACAUCGGGAAAUAAUGAAAUUGCAGAAAGAGAGGAAGUGUAUAGGCGAAGGCUAAAAGAAAAACAUCAAGAGGUCCAAUGUUUGAAAGGAGGAAUUGAAUCAUUAUUGGCUGCAAAUCAAGAAAAGGACCGCCGAAUAGAAGAGUUAACUGUAUUGCUAAGUCAGUACCGAAGAGUGAAAGAGAUCAUGAUAGCAGUACAAGGAACUUCAGAAAGAGUUUUGUGUGGAAGCAGUGAAGAUGAUAUUGAAGUAACUUUAAGAAAAUGGAAUCCCAUGAAUAAGCCCCAAAUAGAACUAUAUAAACCAGAGGUACCUCCAGGGGAAUUGAAUCUACCUAUGUUGCCUCCUCCACCACAAAAAAAAAUGCUGGAAAUGAGCGGAAGCUCCCCAGUUCCUUCAAAUAACCUGUUUUCUGCAAACGGACAAAGCCUGGAAGUCCAACAUAGGGUGCCUCAGAAAAAAAUAUCAAGUAGUCUUGAAGACUUGCAGAGUGAAUCCUUGGAAAAGCAUGUAGAUGCGAAACCAGUAGAACGUGAUGUAGUCCAAGAGAAUAAGCCAUUCGUGAAAAGCAGCAAAUACCAAACCUUGCCAGGGAAGCUUCCUCGACCUGCACACAACGGCGAUACUGGGGUAUACAGUACUCCUUCUCCAAGUACGUGCCGUGUGAAUGGCAACGAAGACAACAGCAUACAGAGCCUGAAUCGCAUCAGGAGUGUCAGUGCACCAAUCUUAGGGGACUCUGACAAUAUGGAUGGUACAAUGAAUUCAAAUGACCUUUCACCUUUGUCAUCGGGAGCAGAAUCUGGUGCACAGUCUCCAUUAUCUCCGGAAAAUAAAAGAAGUCCAAGAGGAAUAAAGAAAAUAUGGGGAAAAAUACGCAGGACCCAGUCUGGAAAUUUCCCUGGAGAUGAUCUGGGCUUGGUUGAAUUUCGAAGAGGUGGCCUCCGUGCAACAGCUGGACCUAGAUUGUCUCGGUCAAAGGACACCAAGGGACAGAAGAGUGAUCAUAACGCCCCAUUUGCCCAAUGGGGCACUGAACGAGUCUGUAACUGGCUUGAAGACUUCGGUCUUGGGCAGUAUGUCAUUUUUGCACGACAGUGGGUGACAUCUGGCCACACCCUCUUAACAGCAACACCGCAGGAUAUGGAAAAGGAACUAGGAAUAAAGCAACCUCUGCACAGGAAGAAAUUGGUUUUGGCUGUUAAAGCUAUCAAUACAAAACAAGAUGAUAAGUCCGCUCAGCUAGAUCAUAUCUGGGUGACUCGAUGGCUUGAUGAUAUUGGCUUACCUCAAUAUAAAGAUCAGUUUCACGAAUCGAGAGUUGAUGGCAGGAUGCUGCAAUAUUUAACUGUGAAUGACCUCCUUUUCCUCAAAGUCACAAGCCAGUUGCAUCAUCUCAGCAUUAAGUGUGCCAUUCACGUGCUCCAUGUGAACGGUUUCAACCCUCACUGCCUACGGAGGAGGCCGGCGGACGAGAAUAACAUUUCGCCUUCCGAAGUAGUUCAGUGGUCCAAUCACAGAGUAAUGGAAUGGCUCAGAUCAGUAGAUCUGGCAGAAUAUGCACCGAACCUUCGAGGAAGUGGAGUUCAUGGUGGCCUUAUUAUCCUUGAACCUCGUUUUAAUGGUGAUGCUCUGGCAAUGCUUCUCAACAUUCCACCUCAAAAAACGCUGCUAAGACGCCACUUAACCACUAAUUUCAACGUGCUAAUUGGACCAGAGGCACAGCAAGAAAAAAGAGAAAUAUUGGAAUCUACAGCUUAUGCGCCUCUGACUACCACUGCGAAAGUCCGGCCAAAGAAACUUGGAUUUUCACAUUUUGGAAACUUGCGAAAAAAGAAAUUUGACGAAUCUACGGAUUACAUUUGCCCUAUGGAUACCAGCCCAAGUACCACCAACGGUACUCAGAGAAGCUACGGCUCCUACAAAGUGCAUAAUGCCCUCCCUGACAAAGAAUUAGACAAACUGGAUCAGAUGGAACAUUCAGAAGGAACAGUAAUGCAAAUAGGGGAACUUUCUCAAGGAAUAAACAACCUCACAACUAUGUUAAGCCAAGAUCAGUUGCUGAAUGAUGAUAGAUUUUUAACAUCAACGUUUGAGGACUGGUGAUGAAGAUUCCAUGUGACCAACACCGCUCUUAAUACCUCAGUUGUAUUAGGGGAUAUGACUGGUCCAGGCUGGGUGCUCUGUUUAAAAAUAUGCCACUGAAAUGUGUGAAACCUUUUUAAGUGCUGUUUUUCACAUAUCCCACCCCAACAGCAAUGAAAACCCUAAGGUCCAGGUACUUAAUACAUGCAGUCAAAGAACCUAUGCAACAUUUUUAGAAGUAGUAAAAUUAAGAGUAUGUAAAUAUAUUUUAAAGCACAGUGAGCCAUUUACUAGUCAGUGAUCCAUUUUCUAUAUUUUGUACUUGCUCAUGGUGCAUAUUAUUGGAUUCAUGUUAGUUUUCUAAGGUAUCACCCCUUAUGAAUGGUUAAUACAACCAACACUAUGUUUUUCUUCCAGUCUGGUAUAACGAUCCCCUGGUAUGAUAAACAUGCUAAUUAUUUACUUGACCACUUACACUAAAGCUGUAUCUAAUGUGUCUCCUGUUGGACACUAACACUCCCACCCUUUAAAGACUAUUCCAGUCCAGUAUUCAGUUUUCCUCUCUCCCUCCCAACUUGUGUUCUGCAUUGUACAUGAGGAGAAAAUGUAUUGUCCUUUACUUCAUAAGGCCAAGUAGUGACGUGGUACCCCACUGGCAUGAUUAUUUCUUUCUGUGACAUUCUCCCUUACCAGCAUCUUUCAUAUUGGAUGAGCUAAAAAAAAAUAUCUGCUCAAAAUGCAAUGAAAAUAUUCAUUUACAUUAAUACUGCAUUUCUUAAAUGCUGCAGUUUCACUCUUGCAGUAUGCUUACAGUGGAUUAAUUUCUAAGGAUUUGUGCUCGAUGAGCUUUUUACCAUAAUAGCUAAAAACAAAACACUUCUCAGAAAAUGAUGUUUAGAGAGCAUGAACGGACCAAAUGGACUACCAGAUAGCAGUAAAACCACCAGCUGCUUGAAACUUAGAUAAUAUUGUGAGGCCUGCCUUCCUUAAUAAUGCCUGCUAUAAAUUUAAGGAAUUAAUUGGAAGAAGGGGGUUACUUUAACUUUUCAACCUAAAUUGCGAAGCAAGCAGUGGCCCUUUCAUACACCCAGGCUUUUUUCUUUCAAAGUCUCAGUAGUUCUGCAGAUGGAAUGUUGUAAGCCUGCCACAGAUCAGGAGAUUAAGAUAAGUUUUCCCAUUCCAUAAAUAUUCUGGAGGCAUAAGUUUCCACACUAGGGGAAAAAGUUGUCCUUCAUUUAAAGUAUUUGUAUUACCUACUUUCUUCACUGCAGCAUUCAUGCGAUUGUUAUUAGGACUGUUGUACUGCACACAGCUGCUUCUUAUUUCCUUUAUGAAAAUCAGAACACUGUUCUGUCCUGUUCAAAAACUGGUUUUAUAGCAAAUAGCAGUUCCAUGAGCAUUUUGUAUCUGCUUGUUUUGUUCCUAAAUCUUUGCUCAUGCAGAUCUGAUCUAAAGACCUUCAAGCCUGCUCUAGUGUAGCAUUGUGGACAUCUACACAUCAUUAGGCAAGGGUACCACCUGCUGGUGACAAAGUUUUGGUUGCAAAAAACACACAUUCCAAAUGUAACUUCUGUUGCCAUCCUAAUAAUAAUAGCACCACUCUGAAUGUUUUCGUUUUGCAGGAGAAUGGUCAACAUGCAGCCAGCAGACAUCCAUUGAAUCAAACUGUGAAAGCUGGGGUGGGUGGCCGUUUGGACUUUACUAUUAAGUAACAGGUCCUUGAAUGCUUGUACAAGAUGAAUACUUGAAGCAUAAACUACUUAAUGGCUUUUCAGCCCUGGAGAGCUUUUGAACGUAUUUAUAUCUGUGUCAUUUCUUACAGUUAUUGAGCUAGUGCACGCUCUUAACUUCAAAAGCAUGAAAAAGUAUGUUGUAUGUCAUUUUUACAAAGGUGACUGUUGAAGCAUAUGCAUGCAUAGAGCCUGUACUAGGGUUUGUGGUCUGGAUGAUGCCACCUCCCUGAAGCAAAGCAAGGCUGAGUUUGGUCAGUGCUUUGGGUGGGUGACUCUCAACGACAUGUAUGUCACCUUGAAUUCCGUAAAGGAAAAAAGGUUGGCAAUAAGUGUAAGAAAAUAAAAUUGGUUAACAAAUGUU